AUACCAGUGUGCAGACCGCAGACCUUUCUUUUUGUCUUGGAAAACCCCUCUGUUUAGAUUAGAACAGCAUAGCAGUAUAGCAUACACUUUCUUUUCUGGAGCUUAACAGCUGAAACUCCUCCACUGCCGGACUGAUGGCUGAGGUGACUACUUCUGUCAUGCAUGAAGUCCUAGGCGGGCGGCUACAAGACGUGGACCAGCCAAUCGUCGACUACAUCAUCAACGUACUUGCUGACGAGGAUUUCGACUUCGGCGUCGAUGGAGACGGUGCUUUCGAAGCCAUAGGCGACCUCCUCGUCGAAUCAGAUUGCGUCUAUGACUACUCUGAAUGUCGCAGGGUAUGUAGCAAAUUGUCUGAGAAACUCGAGAAGCAUGGGUUGGUGAAACCAAAACCUUCUGUAAGAAGCUUGAAAGCACCACUGAGAAUGUUUGAUGGGAUGGAUGAAGAGGAAGCUCCUAAAAAGAAGCCCGAACCAACUGAUGGCCCUCUUCUGACUGAGCGCGACAAAAUUAAGAUUGAGAGGAGGAAGAGAAAAGAGGAGCGACAAAGAGAGGCACAAUAUGAAGAUCAUUUAAGAGAGAUGGAGGCUGUCAGAGCCGGGAUGCCUGCUAUUUGUGUAAACCAUGAUGUCGUGGAUGGGGCAGCAAUCAAGGAUAUACAUAUGGAGAAUUUCAACAUAUCGGUUGGUGGCCGUGAUCUUAUCUCUGAUGGAACUGUGACACUUUCAUUUGGAAGACACUACGGGCUAGUUGGACGCAAUGGAACUGGAAAAACAACAUUCCUUAGGUACAUGGCUAUGCAUGCCAUAGAUGGUAUUCCUAGGAACUGUCAGAUAUUACACGUGGAACAGGAGGUUGCUGGUGAUGAUACUUCAGUUUUACAAUGCGUCCUUAAUUGUGAUGCUGAAAGAACCCGACUAUUGGAAGAAGAAAGUCGGCUACUUGAGUUGCAGAGAGACAUCGAUCUAGAAGGUGAAGUUGGAAAGAGCAAUGGGGAAUCAGAAAAAAAUGCUAUUGCACAAAGACUUGAGGAGAUAUACAAAAGGCUUGAGCUGAUUGAUGCUUACUCUGCUGAGUCACGUGCAGCAUCCAUCCUUGCGGGCCUUAGUUUUUCCACAGAAAUGCAAAAGAGGGCGACGAAAACGUUUUCUGGAGGAUGGAGGAUGAGAAUAGCACUUGCACGAGCAUUGUUUAUUGAACCUGACUUACUACUGCUCGAUGAACCAACGAAUCAUCUUGAUCUUCAUGCUGUCCUGUGGCUUGAGACUUACCUGGUGAAGUGGCCAAAGACAUUUAUAGUAGUUUCUCAUGCUAGAGAAUUUUUGAACACUGUUGUCACAGACAUUAUUCAUCUUCAAAAUAAGAAACUCAUUACCUAUAAAGGAAACUAUGAUACAUUCGAGAGAACUAGAGAAGAACAGCUUAAGAACCAACAUAAAGCAUUUGAGGCAAAUGAACGUUCCAGGGCCCACAUGCAGACAUUCAUUGAUAAGUUCCGCUACAAUGCGAAGCGUGCAUCCCUGGUUCAAUCAAGAAUCAAGGCGCUUGAUAGGAUGGGUCAUGUAGAUGAAGUUUUCAAUGACCCUGACUACAAGUUUGAAUUUCCUUCUCCUGAUGACCGGCCAGGGGCUCCAAUUAUAAGUUUCAGUGAUGCAUCUUUUGGAUAUCCUGGGGGGCCAAUAUUGUUCAAGAAUUUAAAUUUUGGGAUUGAUCUGGACAGCCGCGUUGCAAUGGUUGGUCCAAACGGAAUUGGAAAGUCAACCAUAUUGAAACUAAUUUCUGGUGAUCUUCAACCAACCUCAGGAACAGUGUUCCGUUCUGCUAAGGUACGGAUCGCUGUGUUUAGCCAGCACCACGUUGAUGGAUUAGACCUGACUUCAAAUCCCUUGCUUUAUAUGAUGCGCUGCUUCCCUGGUGUACCUGAACAGAAACUUCGUUCUCACCUAGGUUCCUUUGGUAUCACUGGAAAUCUUGCCCUUCAACCAAUGUAUACAUUAUCUGGGGGGCAGAAAAGCAGAGUUGCAUUUUCAAAAAUCACUUUCAAGAAGCCUCACAUUUUACUUCUUGAUGAGCCGUCAAAUCACUUGGAUCUGGAUGCUGUUGAGGCACUAAUACAAGGACUCGUUUUGUUCCAAGGAGGUGUUCUGAUGGUAAGUCACGAUGAACAUCUAAUAUCGGGAAGUGUAGAGCAGCUGUGGGCCGUUUCAGAUGGCAGGGUGACACCCUUCGAUGGAACAUUCCAGGAUUACAAGAAGCUACUCCAAUCAUAAUAGAACUGUGCCAUGUAUUUGCUUGCAAAAAUGUUCGUCCUGCGAAUGGCCAAACCCCGCUGCCAAAAAUGAAGCUCAGCCAAAGUAUGAAGGGAUCAUCCAUUGAAUCAGCAAUUUGCAGCGGCAUUCAAUGUGAAACAGUACACACAUACGUGAUAUUUAUUGUGGUAUUGUAUGGUUAAUGGUUUACACGGCCAAUCUUCAAGUUUAACUUGUAUGACAGUUUAGGUGUAUUAUUAUUUACUACGUAUUUGAGGGACAAACUACAUUUGAAUGACUGAAUCUAUGAUGAGAUCAGUGGCAGAGCAAGCGAUUUUUUGAGGGGGGUGUACAGAAGGCUAAGAAUUAUUGUGUAAUUGCUCAAAAUAUAAUAAAAAGAUUAAAAACAAUAAAAGCGUAAUACAUUAGCACAAAUUAGUUCAUUACAUAUUGCUCGACUCAUAUCUAUAAUCUGGGUAGCUCAAUCAUACGAGUUUUAAUUUAUUCAAAAUGUUGUACAAUAAUUUCAUGUUGGAAAAACAUGACUAUCGGUCUUUUCCAAGAUCAUAAUUCAUAAGCAGAUAAGCCCAUACUCUUGUAGUCUUGUAUACUUAUCCAUACAUUCAUAAUACAAAGACCCCAUCCGAAAAUAUCACUUUCUUUUACUUGCAUUCACUCUUUGUAUCUGACAAUAUUUCACUCUACCUAACUGGCUAACUUGUCAACUUGAUCACAUAUAAUUUAGGGUUGGACUCGGGUCCGGGCUGGGUCUGGGUCGGGCCUAGGCCCGGGCGGGCCGGUGGUUCAAGAAUGGUGGACCCGGGACCGGCCCGGGUACCCACCGGGUCCGGUCCGGGUCCGGGCCGGUCCGGGCCUCCGGUUUGGAUUUUUUUUUUUUUUGCUUUCCUAACCCCCCCUCACCCCCACCCUCCCAAACACCCCCAAACCCAUCCUACAUUCCUACCCAUCAAGCCCAACCCGGGUGGAACCCCAAAAAUGAAAAAAAAAAUAAAAAAAAAUUCAAUUUGGCCCGAGCCCGGGUCUGACCCGGCCGGGCCGGUUCACCAAAAUUGAGACCCGAGCCCGGACCCGCCCUACCCCCCGGGCCUAGGCCCGACCUGGACCCGGACCCGAGAACCGGGUCGGUCCCGUACAGUAGUGGGUCGGGCCGGUCCACGGGCCGGGUGGCCCGACCCGAGUCCAAGCCUAAUAUAAUUCAUCAAGUGACAUCUUUGAGUCUUCUUUUUUCACAAGAAGACUCUCACUUUCCUCUCUCAAGGAGACUCACUUUAAA